AGAGCAUUUAAUGACCUCCAACGGCUAGUAACAGCUAUUUUCGAGUAAAGGGGUAUAAAUAUGGGUGGUAACAGAUCUGAAGAGAAAGGAUCUUGGGGGUUUAAGUGUAAAGGGGUGAGAUUUGAGAGAAACCCUUCUUCUUGUAAAGGAUUGAGUGGCUUCUUUAAGCCACCAUUGUUUUUCCUAGUGGAGAGUGUGGAAGAAAUCCUUGGUGAGUGAAGCCAAGGUAGAGGACUAGGCUCCAAGUGGUUGGACCGGGCUCCAAGUGGUUGGAUCGAACCUCUAUAAAAUCAUUGUGCAAGCUCUUCUUCUCAACUCUCUCUUUAAUUUUUGUUUGGUGGUUGCAAAGAGGCGAAAAUUCUCCAACUCCAAUUCACCCCCC